UAUCACAGGUUUUUCUUGGCAGGUUUCAUCAGAGGGGGCUUGCCAUUGCCAUCCUCUGCGGUUGAGAGAGUGUGACUUGCCCAAGGUCCGCCAGUGGGUUUCAUGACAGAGACCAACCACUCACAAAAUUGUAGUGCAAGGGCAAAGGGUGACCGUUGUUGCUGUGUGACUAGUGGUUUUAUGGCUAUUCCCCCCUGAAGCUGCUCCAAGUUUUACAAGAGCUCCUCCAGUGCUGAAUCUCUGUUGGGAUAAGGUUGUUCUGUUGCACUUAACAAAGCAACAUGGGUGAUGUUAGGCGCCAGUCUUUGUUUUUCAUCAGUCUGCCUGAGCUGCAAAAACUCUGUGCUGUGAAGGUUAUAGUGAGUUCUCAACUGGCAGCAACUGAGAUUAGAACAGCACAAAGGAAGAUGUGCAGGCGACUUGUAUUUCUGUAUCAAGAAGUCUUCGCUUCACCUGUUCCUGGUACAUUGAAUGAAAUUUCUGCAAUUAUGCCGAUACCUUUUUACAAAUCUGGAAAAUUUCAAGCUUACAUAGAGAAACACAGAGCUACAAUGGCAAUGCCAGAGAGAGUUAUUCCAGCUACCUUUCAAAUCUGUCUUUCUUAUACACUUAUAGCCAAACUGGCUCCUAAAUGGAACCAAGCUGGUCACCUCUUGAUACAAGGGAAAGAUUUUCUGUCACAACAUGGAAAGCAAAAUGCUGUUGUUAUGGACAUCAAUGUAUUUGACGCUCAACUUUGCAUUAGUGUUGCAGUUUGCACAAUCCGGCUGCCUCCACCUAAGCUAGAAGAUUUUGAUAUUCCAACAAACACCAUAAAGAAAUUUGACAGUGACGACAAUGCAGUCAUUCAAAGAUGUUCUAUUUUAAGUAACUGGUGUUAUGUUUUACCAAGCAUGAAAAUGGGUCAGAUCAUAAACAUCGGUCAUGUCAUUCCAUCUGAGUCUCCUUUUCAAUCAUACAGUGAAUUGAAGUUGCAUUGGAAAAAUCUGUACGGUUAUAGCCUGCCAGAGGAUCCUCAGAUGUAUUGCAACAUUUACUUCAAAUUAAUAGGGGAGCAAUUCUUCACAUAUCCUAUUAGCUGCAUCAGGAGUCAACCAGUCCAGUUCUUCCCUAGAGUAGAUUUGGAAGGUGUUUUAGAUGCUUUUGCUACUGAUGUGAAGACUAUCAUUCAUACAUGUGGGCUUUCUCUUAAGAUGACAAAUAAAGCACUAUAUGCCACAAAUGAAUUUACACGAGCAUCUGUGCAGAAAGCAAGCUCUAAACCAGCUAAUCUCACUGGAAGCAGAAAUUGCAAGGUUACUUUGACUCAAGACAUUCCCCAAAAAGGUUUGUUCAGUCCUUCAGCCUGUACUAUAAAAAGCAGCCACAAGAUGGAGCUUGAAGCCAAGCAACCAAAUGCAGGUAUUUUCUCUAAUCUUAAUUUACUAAAAAAAGAUGAGAACCCUGGGGCAAUGGAAGGGGAAGUUUAUAGCAAGGAACAAUUGAAAACUUCAAAAGGAUCUGCACUGAUGCUGAACUCAAAAGAGUCUUUUACACUCUCAAACAAUUCUACAAGAAAAAAUUCCACCAGAAUCAUACCUAUUUUCAAAGCAAAGCUGUUGCAGAUGGAUAGGCAUACUACAAAAGGCACCAAUGGAAAGAAAAAGCAGAAUAUUUCACAAUAUUCACCAAAAGUAAUGAAACCAAACAUGGCUGCCAAAUUACCUCUAUUCAAGUUGAAUCCAGUCCAGCUUGACAAAUCACUACAUGAUGCUUCAUUAAGUAAUAUUACAAACAGAAGUAUUGUUCAGACCCAGAUUGGGAAAAAUAAUGUAAAACCUACUAAACUGACUUCAAAAGAGAAAAAUCAGAAUGGAGGAUACCUGUCAAAUGGUGCUUUAACUAAUAGAGACAUUUUGGGUAGUAAUUCAAGUAAAAUCAAACCCAGAAGAUUAAAUUUAUCUUUGACAUCUGCUAGUGAUCAGUCAACACACCAUGCAUCAGCUGCCAAUCAGCAUUUGAAUAAACCUGCAAAUCUCAGCAUAAACCAUACUGCCCUGAUCACUGGCUCAAAAAAAACUUGUCUCUGCAUAUCUCACUCAGAUGUGGAUGAAAAUAACUCCACAAUAUUUCAGAAUCAAAUACAAAGUUCAGCUGAAGAAGCAAAAAUGAAUGUGUACAGAUUAAGCAGUUCAGUGCGCAAGAGGGCACAAAAAGGUGGAGAACAAAAAGAAUCAGUAAGACCAUUAAAUCAAGAUACCACCAAGACAUCCAGUCAUCAUUUGCAAUUCAACUAUAAACAGAUACUAAUGUCAAAUGAGUCUCUCCAUUGUGAAGAUAUGAAUUCAUGCCAGAUUUACUCAAAGUCAGAAAGGUGCUUGAUAUCUCUACCAAAUAAAAGUGGCAAAAGACACCAGGAAGACAGCAUAAGUUAUUCAAAGUCCAAGAAACUAAGAAGCAGUAAACCACCAAACUCAAAAAAGGAGCUGUAGAAAACACAGAAGAACAUUUUGGCAUCUGCCCCAGAGCAGUAGUUGUUAUUUUGCUUGUUUUAAUCUGCUUCUAAAGAUACACUUUUCUAUAAAUGAUAAACAUUGUCAUUGUACCUUUAUGCCAGUGCAAAAUUGCAAAAGACUAGGACAAAACAUGUAUUAGGCUUCUUUUCCACCAUUGAGAGCAAAUACACAUUUCUGUGGUAUAAAUCAAAAUGUUAUUUUACUUAGAAGAUUUUGAAUAAUUUAUCUAUUUUGUUUAACCUUUCAUUUAAUAAAGUUUGUUUGCUC